UUACUAUCUCUCUAUUAAAUCAAGGGCAUUACUGGUAUUAUUUCGUUUUGCAUUUCAUGGCUGCUUCAAAUAGACACUGGCCUAGUAUGUUCAAGUCCAAGCCUCACCUCCAUCAGUGGCAACAACAUGAACAUCACAGAACCCUCCUGUCUUCUGGAUGUGAAGAGAGGAGCAAUGAGCCGAAGCCGAGAUGGAACCCGAAACCGGAGCAGAUUCGGAUACUCGAAGCGAUAUUCAACUCCGGAAUGGUGAAUCCACCGAGAGACGAAAUAAGGAGAAUUAGGGUUCAGCUACAAGAGUAUGGCCAAGUUGGCGAUGCCAAUGUUUUCUACUGGUUCCAGAACAGAAAAUCAAGAAGUAAAAACAAGCAACAACGCAGCAACAAAACAAACCCUCAUGCUCACACUCCAAUCUCUUCAGCUUUGUCCACCAUGGUUCCCCCUUCAUCAUCCUCAUCUUCAUCAGACAAAUCUUCCCACAAGUCAUCCACAAUUGCACCAUUCUCAUUGAACAUUUCCCCUGAUGGAAGCUCCCUCAACUCCCCCACCCCUUCUGUUAAUCAGCCUUUUAGCCACCACUUUCACCCUAAUGGAGAAUUUGUGCAAGAGCCCUUCUUUUUCCCUGUGCUCAGUGGAGGAGAUCAUGGUGGUGCUUUCACACAAGGGUUUAGCUUCCCCGAGAUAUCAACGAAUGUGAUCACUCAAGCUAGUCCAGUGAGUGAUGAGCAGACUGGGAGGAGCUACUCUAAUCUUUUGCUCACUGACUUGAUGAUGAAUGUUGGGCCUGUGAAUUAUAAGAAGGCUGAAGAUGGGAAGAAUAAGGCCUUGCAGCAACAAGAGAUAUGUAGUUACAGUACUCCACCAGCAACUAUGUCUACUAACUUCACAUCUCUUUCUCCUAAUGGGGUUCCCUCCCCUAUCAAUCAUGUUCAAGGAAAAUCAACGGUGAUCAUAAAUGAUGUGGGAUUCGAGGUAGCAUCAGGGCCGUUGAAUGUGAAAGAAGUGUUUGGUGAAGAUGCAGUGCUCAUACACUCCUCUGGUCAGCCAGUGGUGACCAAUGAGUGGGGGUUUACUCUGCAGCCCCUCCAGCAUGGUGCUUUCUAUUACCUGAUUUAGAAGACAAAGAAGAUGAAGAAAUGGACAGGGGAAAGAUGAAGUCAGUGAGUUGGUAGCUGUUAAUCUUGACUAGCCAGGAGUGUGUCAGUUUCCUUACAAGUUAAAGUUUCCCAUUUAUAGCAAUGUUGUAUCCUGUGUGC